AUGUCUAUUGAAGAAGAUGAUAGGCAAUUGCGCCACGAAUGUGGUGUAUUUGGUUGCAUAGCUUCUAAUCCAUGGCCUACAGAUUUAGAUGUUGCCCAAAUUAUUUCUCUUGGAUUAUUAGCACUCCAGCACCGAGGCCAAGAAAGUGCUGGUAUUGCUGUGAGUGCAGGUGACAAUCAUACACACUUUAAUGUUAAAAAAGGCAUGGGUUUGGUCAGUAAUAUAUUCAAUGAUGAAGCAACAAAAAAUCUCAAAGGUAAUCUUGGUAUUGGACAUACAAGGUAUUCUACUAGUGCUGGUUCUGAAGAAGUCAAUUGUCAACCUUUUGUUGUUCACUCUGCUCAUGGUGCUUUAGCAGUUGCUCAUAAUGGUGAAUUAUUUAAUGCGGGGAGAUUGAGACGUAUGGUAUUAGCUAGAGGGGUUGGUCUUUCAACACAUUCAGAUAGUGAACUAAUUACACAAGCGUUAUGUUUGAAUCCUCCUGAUAUUGAAAUUGAUGGUCCUGAUUGGCCAGCUCGUAUUAGACAUUUUAUGGAACUUACAAAAUUAUCUUAUUCAAUUGUUAUAAUGGAAAAAGAUAGGAUAUUUGGGGUACGUGAUCCAUAUGGUAAUAGACCUCUCUGCAUUGGAAAACUGAUGUCUUUAACUGAACCAAAUAAAGAAGAAGGUUGGGUUGUAUCAUCUGAAUCAUGUGGUUUCCUCUCAAUGGGAGCUAAGUAUGUGAGAGAUGUCUACCCUGGAGAAAUUGUAGAGUUUACUAAAGAAGGAUUUCAUACUGUAUCCGUAAUGGGUCGACCUCACAAUCGCCCUCAAGCAUUUUGUAUUUUUGAAUAUGUAUAUUUUGCAAGACCUGAUAGUAUAUAUGAAGGACAAAUGGUUUAUUCAGUGCGAUUGAGGAGUGGUAUUGUGUUGGCCAGAGAAAGUUUUGUUGAAGCUGAUAUUGUAAGCUCAGUUCCAGAAUCUGGAACUGCUGCCGCUCAUGGGUUUUCAAUGAAAUCCAAUAUUCCAUUUGCUGAAGUGUUAUAUAAGAAUCGGUAUGUUGGCCGGACUUUUAUUCAACCAAAUGCACGAUUAAGAAGAUUAGGUGUUGCUAAAAAAUUUGGUGCUAUUGUCGAAAAUGUAGCCGGCAAGAGAUUGAUUCUUAUUGAUGAUUCCAUUGUAAGAGGAACCACAAUGGGGCCAAUUAUAAAAUUACUGAGAGAUGCAGGAGCCAAAGAAGUUCACAUACGAGUUGCUUCUCCUCCUCUUAAAUUCACUUGUAAUAUGGGAAUUAAUAUACCAACUAAAGCCGAACUUAUUGCUAAUAAAUUAACUAUUGAACAAUUGGCUAAACAUAUAGGCGCUGAUACCCUUGCUUAUUUAUCCGUCGAAGGACUCAAAGAAGCAGUUACCGAAAAAAUGCCAAACAAAAAUGCAGUUGAAGUUGGGCAUUGCACAGCAUGUCUCACUGGAGAAUACCCCGAAGAAUUAACUUUCUAA